AAAUAUUUGAAUUUGAAAUAAGAAAAAUGAAUUCAUUAAUUGAAGCAGCAGAAAAGAAGUUUGACACAACCCUGUCCUCUGGCAGCAGGAUUAAAGUAGCAAUGAGAGUGCUGAAAGUUGCGCUAUUUAAAAGGGUCCUGACCUCCCAAGAAGGUUGUCAGGCUGACAACUCUGUAAUGAAGUACCUGGAAGAUACUGUUAGCGGUUUAGGCGACUCUUGUGAACAGGAUCAGAGAGUUUUUAUCAAUUUACUCCAUGUUUUCUAUUUUGAAAAUGCAUUAAGACCUACAGAGGACCUCACAUUGCUGUCGGGUCUGAUCAGAGCAACUCUUAAGAUGAAAAAGAAUAAUGACGUUAAGAAAUUAAUCAAUAUUGGAUUAGAUAAAGAUUUCUUAACUCAAGAAAAUCCAGACAAUGAAGAAGAGACCAAGUUAAAAUCAGAAUUUUUCGAGACUUGUUCAUACGCCUUUAAUAUGACCAGGAACAUUGACAUGGCUACUUCCUUGUUGAGAAAUGUAGAGCAGAGAAGUGAUAUGGACUUCAGUUUGUACCUGUUCAACAACAUCAUUGAGUGUUGUAUGAAGUGCAAAAAGGACCACCUCGCUGAAGGUCUGUUAACUGAGUACACUGAGAAUGUUGACUCCCAGAUAAGGAGCAACCAUGCUAUUCUUUGCACACUCAUUACUGGAUACUGCAAACUCAACAAAGUUAACGAAGCUCUCGGGGUUUAUUCAAGUGAAUUCAAAACAAAUGAUUCUGAUGAAGAAACUGAGAAGAAAUAUUUAACGACUUCCGCGCUAAAUGCGCUUUUAGAAGGAUCUGUUAAAAUUGGAAAUAUUGCAGUAGCAGAAUUUAUCUUCGACCACCAUGCCCAAGCACCAGGAGUUAUUGACAUCAGCUCUGUCUCUAUCCUCAUCAAAGGAUACUGCAACAUAAACUCAAUGGAGAAGGCGAUGGCUUUAUGCGAUUCUAUUGAGAAAUACGCUGUUGAGUAUGAUACACUAUUCUUUGAGUAUUUCUUAGAAGGAUGCGCAAACAAUUCGAACAUUGAUAUGGCUUUUAAAAUUCUCCAAAUGAUGAAAGAGAAGAGCAUCACAGUCUCUAAGCUGGCCUACAACUCUGUCAUUAAGGCUUGAGUUUCAUGCAGAAAUAUGAACCGUGCCUGGGAAGUUAUAGAAAUCAUGGAAGGGCAAGGUGUGAAGCCAGAUAGAUAUAGCUACUGUUUCUUAAUCAAAGGAAUCAAGCAUUAUAAACAAAAGAAUCAUCUCAAGAGAGCUUUCGAAAUUGUGUUUAACUGGGACCCAUUAGAAGAGAUUAAAGAGGCCACCAAAGAUCAUUCUAAGAAGCCUGACUACAAGUAUUCAAAGGCAAAGAACCAAGAGAACCACCACUAUCUGUAUAAUGUACUCCUUAACGCUUGUAUAAACUGUGGAGAUAUGGAUAAGGCCCUGAAAUUGUUGGAAAAAAUGAACCAAAAUGGUGAAGGAGCCAGACCAGAUGAAAUUUCAUACAACACCAUUAUCAAGGGAUGUGCUAAGGCAAGAAAACUUGACAUUGCCUUUAAAAUUUUCUCUUCAAUGACUGAGAGUGGUCUCAAACCAAAUGAAGUUACUUUUAACUCUAUGAUAGAUGCUUGCGUUAGAUGUGGCAAGAUGGAUGAUGCUUGGGAUCUUUUCGACCAGAUGAAGGAAAGCGACGUUUCUCCAGAUAAUUUCACAUACAGCACCCUAAUCAAAGGAGAUCAGUUUAAAGACCCUUUCUUCCUAGAGAGAGCUUUCAAUUUAUUAAAUCAAAUUAAAGAAAGGAACGAGAAGCCAGAUGAAAUAGUUUACAACUGCUUAAUUGAUGCUUGCUUCAAACAUAAGGAUAAUAGAGCAUUUGCACUUUUUAAUGAAAUGCAAAUGGCUAAUAUCACCCCUUCAAGUGUGACUUAUGGAAUCCUAAUCAAGGCCUAUGGACAAGAGAACCAACUUGAUAAUGCCUUCAAUGCUUUUAUAAAGAUGAGGGAGCUUGGCCUUUACCCUAAUGAUGUUACCUACGGAUGCCUUCUUGAUGCUUGCAUCAGGAACAACAAUCUCACUAAAGCUGAAGAGGUUUUCAGUUCGAUGCAGAGUGAUGGAGCUCAUAUGAACACGAUCAUCUACACUACAAUGAUUAAGGGAUAUGUGAAAGCUCAUAAAUUACCAGAGGCUCUUAAAAUUUACGAAACAAUGAAGUCUGAUGAAAAUAAUAUGCCUAACAGCAUUACUUACAACUCGCUCAUCGACUGCUGUGUUAGAUGUAACGAUAUGAAGAAAGCAUCCUUCCUAUUCAACGAGAUGAAAGAAUGGAAAGUCAGACCUGACCUCAUCACUUUCUCUACCAUGAUCAAGGGGUACUGCAAAGAUCAUUCUAUCCAGAAAGCUUUCCAGAUCUUGAAAAUUAUGGAAAAGGAGAAAAUCAAGCCAGAUGAGGUUCUAUUUAACAGUCUGUUAGAUGGGUGCUUCAAGGCAAAUGAAAUUGAUCUAGCUCUCACUGUUUACGAAACCAUGAAAUCUCAGAAAAUAACUCCUUCAAAUGUGACUUUUAGCAUCCUAGUAAAGAUCUAUGGAAGAUCUAGACAGCUCUCCAAGGCCCUAAACAUCCUUGAAGAGAUGAAAGAACUUAGAAUAAAACCAGGAAUGAUUGUGUAUACAUGCAUUAUUCAGACAUGUAUUAAAGCCAAGCAGAUCAACACAGCAUUAGAGAAAUUUGAUGAAAUGAAAAUGCAUAGGAUCAAGCCAGACUACAUUCUCUAUCAAACCCUCUUGAAAGGAUGUAUCCAAUUCAAAAAGUAUGAUCAAGGGAUUCAAGUAUUAGAAGAUGCCAUCUGUAAUAAUAUUUCUCCGAACAGAGAAGUUACAGAUCCCCUUUUCGAGGGUUACUUGUCUCGCAAUUCAGAGACUAGAAAACAGGCAGUUGAGAAGCUCAAAUCCAAGCUAAAGCGUGGUAGAUUUUCUCAAAACAAGAAGGCCCCACAGAAGUAUCAAAAAUAUCAAAAACCGUACCAAAAGAACCGCGAUUUUGCUCCAAAUGAUCAAAAGAAACCCCAAAAGGGAAAAGACUACCAGAGUUUCCAAAAAUCUAAAAAGCCUCAAUCCUACCAGAAUUGGCCUAAACCAGCUCUAAAAUCGUGCCAGAAACCAUUUGUCCCCUCAAACAAAUCUUGGAGAACCCCUGUGCCCGCUUCUUCCCACUCAGUCCCUUACGAAGAAUCCAAAACCUCCCAAAUAAAGUUGAAGCCCACUCAAAGAGUGUUCUAUCCUCCUUCAAAGCCCACUUCGUCCUAUUCCAAGCCAAUGCCCAUUGAGGACAAAGAGAAUAUUCACGAUGCAGAAAUCCUUAACAAAAACUCCAGUAGUUCAAUCCCAGAAUCUAAGGUUCCUCAGGAAGCCAUCCUUUCACAGAGGAAAGUUACGAGCAAUAAUUAGAAGCCAGAGACUUCAAAAAGAAGUACUCUGUAAUGAAGAAACCACAAAAAAUCCAAUUUGUGGCCAAUAAGUGAAAUUCUUAUUGUGAUAAUUCAUCCAACCUAAAAUA